AUGUCCUGGAUUUUUGGUAAGCCUACACAGUCACAAGAUGACCAAAGCAAUGAUCAAUUGAAACAGAGACUAGGUUUUGACCCCCGUGAAGUCUCUGAUGUCAACACCAUCAUUUCAUCACCAUCUAGCGAGACUGCAUCCUCGUUGAACUCAUCCUUAUUGCUCCAUCCACUUGCUGGACUUGAGAAGGGGAUUGAAUAUCUCGAUCUUGAAGAAGAAAAAUUAAACACCGUUGAAGGCUCUAAGGGUCUCAUCCCAUCCAGAUCAUGGACUGAUGAUCUUUGUUAUGGUACCGGUGCAGUUUACCUUUUAGGUCUUGGAAUCGGUGGAUUGUUUGGUUUGCAACAUGGGUUGUCAACCUUGCCUCAGGAUGCACCAGGUAAAGUUAAACUCAAUCACAUUUUGAACAACAUCACAAAGAGAGGUCCCUUUUUGGGAAAUAGUGCUGGUGUUUUAGCGUUAACUUAUAAUUUGAUUGACUCUACUAUUGAUGCUGUGAGGGAGAAACACGAAGACGUCAACUCUGUUGCCGCUGGUGCACUUGCUGGUGCUUUGUUCAGAAGUAGCCGUGGUUUGAAGCCUAUGGCAUAUUCGAGUGUUAUGAUGGCCGGUGCUGCAGGCGUUUGGUGUGCAUUAAAACGUUCUAUACAUGAGGAUAACCAAGUGGUGUUGAAAGAGUAA